AUGCUGCUCCUAGACCACCUGCACCCAGACUGCGCCCCAGAAGAGGUACCGACCACGGAGUCCCAUGAGGCGGCCAGGAGAUUCUUUCCUGAGGAUCCCGUGUAUGCCUGGAACUACGCACAGGGCCUGGCCUGGAUUCCGGCUCAAGUGGUGAGGAUCAAUGGGCCCAGAACGUACAAAGUCUCCAGUGAGGACGGGCAGAUACUACACCGCCAUAUAGACCAGCUGCACCGACGGACGCUGCUGCUGGACCCCGAGGAAUUUGAAAUCCCUGAUGCCCCGGAACCCACAGCACCACCACGGCCGUCAACACCACCAGCAACGCCUGCUGCGGAGCCCGUGCACUUCCCCUCUGGCACCCCCCAGGACAACCCCCCAGCUAUGCAUGGGACACUGUCACUGGGACCCACUACGCCACCACUGGCCAGCACUCUGCUGAGUCCAAGCCAAGCAGCCCCUCAAAUGCUGCCAAACAUUGCUAGUGCUCAACUCGACAGGCUCCUGGCCACCAGCAGUCCUCUGGAGAAAAUUACCCUGCGGGUAACUUUCCUGGAGAAUUACACAACAACUCUCAACAAAUCAAAUCGACCGAUACGAUGGAGUUGGGUUGCCAGGGAACCUAUGGAGUGUAUGUCGUAUGCUGUAAGAAUCCGGAGUUUGGUGAUAAGCGAAGAUGUACCAUUGUCUGAAUCUUGUAGUGACUGGACUCAGUCGAAGAAAGUGAAAGGUUUGGACACAGAAGAUUCCAAGUCUUACAUAUCCCCAAGUGACCAGAUCAUUGAAGAAGGGUCAGACAUCUCCUUUUGCUGCAUUGGAAAAAAGGGAGAAAGGAUAUCAUCUUUAAACUUCGGUAGCCAGAAAUAUUCAGGAGGGGCAAGCCACCGAAGAAUGGUGUUCACUGUAAAAAACGUCCCCCUUUCAAGACCAGGUGGAGUUAUAGUGAACUGCGAGGGCUCUGAUCGUCUUUGGACGACAGUCUUUGUGACCCGGCCACCUGGGGAACCCAAAGGUCUGUCUUGUGAAACAGAAGACAUGGUAACAAUAAACUGUGCUUGGCAGCCUGGAUCAGAAGAUAACCUUGUGGGGAAACGUUCAACAGAACUUAUCCUGUCUGAUACGUCUAAUGGGAAAAUUUAUUGCCAUCAACAGCCCUCAAGGAACAGCUGCUCAUUCAGAAUGGGCACUCAAACCACAUACGACUUAAGACUGGAGGCCAAAAAUAAACUGGGGAAGAAGCACACUUACCUUAAUUUUGAUGUAACUCAUAGAGUUCAUCCUGCACCCCCUUUUGACCUCUCUGUUUCUGAGAGAUAUGCUACAGCUGUUGAGCUGUAUUGGAAAAUGAAACAUAACCUUGAGCUGCUUUGCCAAAUUGAAUGUCGUCAUCCAGAUGGGAAAGUGGACCUGCACAACAGUAUAUCAUAUAGCACCGGGUCCUGUCAUAUUGUGAUUGGGUUGCAACCUUAUACUGAAUAUAUGUUUCGAGUACGCUGUGGGGCCAACCGACACUUCUGGAAAUGGAGUGAAUGGAGUGAAUCAAUAACUGCACAGACAAAAGAAUCCGCUCCAUCAGGGCAUCUUGAUGUCUGGAGAAGCAUUAGCCGAGGUUUGGACUCCUGUAGAGUAACUGUCUUCUGGAAGCCAUUUCCAGGCUUUCGUGCUAAUGGAAAUAUCAAGACAUAUGAGAUUUUCUGUGAAGUGUUAGGAGAACGUCAUGAGUCUAAGGAAGUCCCUGCACCAAACAAUUCUACAAUGCUUUUUCUUGAAAACUGUUCCUGUAAUAUCAGUGUCUUGGCAAAGAAUUCAGUAAACUCAUCCUCUCCUUCUGUGAUUGCCAUUUCAGGAGCUUCAGAGAACGAUCACACAUGGGAGAUUAAUACCAACAUUGCUAGAGAAGAUACAACCAACAACACAGAGACUGGCAUUUACAUCUCUUGGAAGCCUCAAAGUCAGUUCGAUGGCUAUGUCGUUGACUGGUGCAACCACCCAAGAGUCCAGCCUUGUGAUCUGCAGUGGGAAAAAUUUGGACAAAACCAGUCCAGUGCUCUCAUUACAUCAGAUGCCUUCAUUCCUGGAGUGCAAUACAGUUUCAGGGUAUAUGGAUCUCGUGGUUACACAGCUUCUUUACUGGAGAAGAAAGCCAAAUACCUUAAGGAACUGGAGCCAACUAAUUUCCCUGAACUACAUGUAGACACAAAGAAUCCCAGAUUUCUGACACUGACAUGGGAUUAUGAUCAUCUUAAUGAGUCCCAUCCUGGUUUUAUCAGAGGCUACAGUGUUUUUGUGAAAGACAAACAUGGAAAUUGCACAUUAGAAGGAUUGGAAAAGGUGGUAAUUCAAGAUGGUUUGGUGAUAUGCAAGCACACAGUUAAAGACCCAGCUGAAAAGACAUUGACAGUGAAAUACCCAGGGCUAAACAAAGAGUACUGGUUAGAAGUCCUCGCUUUCAGCACCAGCCCCCCAAACAUCACGAACAACAUUAUCAAAGGAACUACGCAACACAUUCAAGAAGUGCCCAUACCACUUGAUGGAAACUGGGUCUUUCAACUCCUCCCGAUACCAGUGGUUAUUUCUGUAAUGCUGCUAAUCUGUAUAUGUUUCUGGAGAAGCAACUGCGUCAGGAAACGCUGCUGCCCUAAAAUCCCCCAUCCCACUGUGACCCCGAUUAAGGUUCUUCACCCUAAAACCUUGCUGGCACCCAGUGAUUUCACUCAUAGCAACGUAUUAGUAGAGGAGCCAUGGAGUUGUGGAGAGAAACACUACUACUACAAUCAAGGCCUCUGUGCCAAGACGCCUGCUGUGGAAACUUUCGCCUUUCAGAACCUGACCUACCUCACCGACGGCUCUAACUGUUACCAGAGUGUACCCACACAAGAGGCAGCAAGGCAGAAACCCGAACUGACUCUGGCCUCUAACAAGCCACUACAGUGCUCUACUCCGUUGAGUAAUCUCACCAAUUUAAAUUAUGUUUCUCAAAUGGGCUUGUCUUUCCCUGGGUUUACGCAAGGCGACCAAGCUGGUCCUGUCGAUUCCUCAAAACGGUCAGAUUACAAACCCCAGCAGGCUUUGGGAUCUGAAUCAAGUUCCCCUGACACAUCUGAGGAAACUAUAGAUAUACUCUGAUGAGCUCUGAAGGAAGGACAGAUAUUCAGCCUGCAACAAGUGAAGCUUCUGAAGCUCCCCCCCACCCCCGGAAGUGGAAAGCGUAAUGGACCAAAUGAUAAUCAUGUGGGGCGACUUGUGGGACUGAAGAGGCAACAUCCCAUGGAAGCUCUCUUGGUAGGGGUCACAUGACUUCUGCAUUCUGGGUGGCACACAGAC